CACAGCAUUCGGCCGGCGUGGGACUGGGACGAGCCAUGUUCACUCGUCUCCCGGAGGAGCUACCACUGGCUGGAUCUAAGGGCAACGGGACCCGCUCCGUUUCGGGUGAGGGGAGUUGAGCCGUGGGACAGGAGACGUGCGCCGGAGAGCAACUCCCCGUGUCAAGACAUGGCUCUCCCUCCCCCCCGGAGGCCAGAUGUUCUCUGCACACUCCCGUUGCUGCUGAGCCUCUGGCUCUUUGUGUCGGCAAGCGCGCUGGAGGUGAUUGACCAGCACGCCCCCAAAUUCGCCUGUAGCGAGGUAACAAGUCACCAUGAUAAUACGCAGGGAUUGACGGACUGCCACGUGAGCUCAGUCUCUCCAUACCCUGCUGUCCUGCCUGAUCCAAAUGAUAUAGUAGAUGUUACACACAUGCAGCUUAAAGUGAUGCUGUGCUGCUCAGCCACACAAGACUGUCAACCUUGCCUACGAAUCAUCAUCGCAGUCCAAGAAGUGGAUGAUACGAAGGAGGUUGCGGAGGAGUCUGGUGAACAUGCUGAUGAAGAGUUAUUUGGCAUGAAUCAAAUGGCAGAGGGAAGUGUUCAGAUUGUGCCCCCUGAACCAAGAGCUUUGGUGAAAGUGUGUCUCAGCUCCCCAGGCAAAAAUGAAAUUUGGAAGACACUCCAGUUUAAACUAAGCCACUCCGGUUUAGUCCAAGCUUUUCAACAGACCACAAAUACGGUAGCUAUUUUUGGACAGCAGCUGCUGUUGACAGAGGAAGUGACGUUUGGCAGUCCCGUUGUGGUCCACGUCUAUGCACAUUCAAAGGGAACACACAACAUCCAAAGUAUCACAGUCCCAUCUUUAGAAGAGGUUUGCUCUAUGAACCUAGAAGGGACGGUAAAGCAAUGUGAUGCUCCCAGACUCCGAGUUGAGACUGAUCACAAGAGAAACGUGGUCCUCCUUCAGCUGGCAAAUGCUGACGCCAGACAAGAAGAUCUCAUGUACCAGAUGAUUUGGAAUGAAAUGCCCGGAGAGGUUCUUGCAUGGCCCAAAGACAAGAGAGCAGUGGUCAUUUCAUCAAACUCUGUUGCACCAUGCCUGUGCUUCCAGGUGUGGUGGAAGGGAAAGGCACUUCGAAGACAGCUCUGCCCCUUCAAAAACCAACAAGAUGCACUUGAAAGAAUGCAGCACAAAGUGUCUGUGUCCAUGGAGGAGUUCCACCUGAGGGAGGGUGGCACAGGGCUGAGCUGGAAUGUGACUGCCCCCUGCAGGCUGGAGGCAGAGGUGUGGCUGUGCAAGAAAGACCGGGCAGGAGGCCUAUGUGAAGAGGUGACCGGCUCCAGACAGAGACUGCACAACAGUGAAGGCUGGAGCGCAACACACAGUAGACACUGGAAAACAGGAGAGUUCAAUGUUUCAUCACAUCCUCUGCUUUGUGUUCAGAUAGAGAUACUUGGGAUGGAGUCAUACUUAGAGCCCCAGUGUCCAUUUGCAACAUCUCGAUGGGGAUGGAGCAAGCCACUCCUCAUCGGAUUACUGCUGAUGUUCUUUGCCAUACUAGGCGCCUACUUUAUACAAGGGGUCCUGAAAGGCUAUGUGUGGAAAUGGUUUAAAGAAGAUGAUGUUAAAGGUGCAGUGGGUGGUGGUCAUGUGGUGUUGCUGUACCCACCUGAUGACAACCAGACUUUGCCUGGGCUGAUGUGCCACCUGGGCUCAUCCCUCGAGGCCCUGGGCUUCAGUGUGUCUCUAGACCUGUGGAGCCAGGCUGAGCUCACCCUACUGGGCCCAGUGCCUUGGCUCCAUUCAAGACUGGACCGACUGAAAAGGCAGGGGGGCAAAGUGGUGCUGGUCCUGACCCAGGCCACCUGGAAAAGGGCUGAAGAAUGGGGAGCGCGGAGCUGGGAGAGAAAGACUCCCAGUGAGAGGAACAGAGACAGGGAGGAAGAGGAGGCAGGAAGAGGCUGCCCUGCUUCUCCUCCCUGUGUAGAGGUUUUUAGUGCUUCGUUGAGCUGCAUUCUAGCAGACUAUUUACAGGGCCGCGCUGGUGAGCGGUUUAUGUUGGUACAGUUUGAAUCCAUUCCACCCGAGCCUCCAGUUGGUUUCCAGCCACUGCCAGAACUUUUCCGUGGCCUUCAUGUCUACAGCCUGCCCUCCCAGAGCCUGGGUUUUCUGACUGAACUGGCUGGGGCUCGGCAAAUAGCCACUGCAUCAGCCAGACGGAAGAGGGCAGGGGGGCUCAGGGUGGCAUCCCGAGCCCUGGCAAGAGGGCUGUCAGGGUUCACAGCAGGGACAACUGUAUUACGCCUUGCAGGAGUUUCCCAGAGUUGUGCUGGGAUGGGAGUAGAAGACUCUGGGGAAAUGGUGCUGUUGCAGCCAUGUCUUAUUACGCCUCCCUCCAGGCCUGACACAAGCUCCAAGGUCAGUGAAAUGGAAUGGGUUUGACAGCAGGAGAGGCAGAACCAUGACCAAGCUUCAGUUGUAGGGGAGCGGCCAAUAAUGAUUGGAAAGAACCUAAAGUAACUACUUCAAAAAGAAAAUUUAAGGAAAAAGAUGACCCUACAGCUCUUUUUCAGUCUUAGCCACUGUGUGUGUUUAUUUACUAGCAUCUGACAUUCUGCAUGCACAUGUAUUGAAUAUAAAACUUUAAACAAACAUAAGCCAUUUCCUUUCUCUGAGUGUAUACAUGAGUAUAUUAAUUUGCUCUGUCCAGGCAGUGUGGGUCCGUUUUUAUACUAUGUUUUGUCCUUACUGUUUAAAAUGGGACUGAAUUAAGAAUUUGUCUUGGUAUGCUCUUCUGACUGCAGAACAAGUUUCAGUUCCGACUCAGCACAAAUACAGGAUGUCAUUGGAUUUGUGUUUGCAUAGCAACACAUUAACGUUUGUUGAACAUGCUGAAAAGUGUUUCAGAUAAAAUUAUCUGUAAAAUCCAUAAACAAAAUCCUCAAAUUACUGCAAAAGUGGAUUAGUUGUUGUGGGAGCAUUCUUACAAGGGAGCUCAUAGGCUGCAUCCUGCUUUGGGGCAUUUCAGCAAGUCCACAUUUUGCUAAAUUACCUGGGGUGUGGGGGGGACACAAUGACUUAUAGCCUGUCUCUAAAUAUUUACAUAUCGAGGUGUAAAAAGUCAAAACAUGGGGA